AUGGCCAAAGAAAUCGAUGUUGACGUGCUCGUCAUCGGCGCCGGCCCGACUGGCCUCGGUGCUGUCAACGUUUGUUGGCUCAUCAUUGAUUCGAAUGAGACUCCCGGUGGUCUUGCAUCUACCGACACCACCCUCGAAGGCUUCCUCUUCGAUGUUGGGGGCCACGUCAUCUUCUCACACUACAAGUACCUUGACGAUGUCAUCAACGAGGCUCUCCCCAAGCCAGACGACUGGUACGAGCAUCAGCGUAUCUCCUUUGUCCGCUACCAGGGUCUUUGGGUCCCGUACCCCUUCCAGAACAAUAUUGCCGUGCUUCCCAAGGAGGAGCAAGCUAGAUGUCUGACCGAUCUCAUUGAUGCUGCCCUUGCGGCUCGCGUGCGAUCUCCAUCGGACAAACCGGCAAAUUUCGACGAGUGGAAUGUUCGCAAUGUCGGUGAGAGACUAAAUGAGAUUUUCAUGCGUCCUUACAACUUCAAAGUCUGGGCUGUUCUUACAACCAAGAUGAACUCCACCCAGGUCGGAGAACGUGUCGCCGCUCCCGACGUAAAGCUUGUCAUCACCAACGCCAUCCUCAACAAGGCAGCUGGAGGCUGGGACACCAACGCCACAUUCCGCUUCCCUGCCCGGGGAGGUCCUGGAGGGAUCUGGAUAGCUGUUGCAGAUACUCUUGAUCAGAGCAAGACUCGCUUCGGCGAGCAUGGGGCAGUGCCCAAGAUGGACGCUGGCUCCAAGAAUGCUCACUUGAAAGAUGGAACUGUUGUCAAGUACGGGUCACUCAUCUCGACCAUGGCACUGGAUCAGCUCGCCCAGUGUCUGGGCGAUGCCAACCUUCAACAUUCGCUUGGGCCGCGGUGCUAUUUCUCUACCAACGCUGUCGGUGUUGGUAUUCGCGGAAAUAGUCCCGAACGCAUUGGUGACAAAUGUUGGCUCUAG